AUGGCGCAGGAAAUUCGAGCCAGUGUCGCAAGCAACAACAAGCAGCAGCAACGUUCGUCGUCGACUCGCAGUAGUGCCAAUGCUCGUCACGCGGAGGGUCACAAGUAUCCGCGGCGUCGAUCGACACCCUGCGACACCGUCGUUCGUGUCGACAAUGACGGCACCAGCUUCAAAUGCUCCGAACCUGUUCAAACUGCUCUCCAAAAGAUAAAAUUGUACGUGGUUUAUGAAACCGUCAGAGCGGGGAGGGCAGUGGCGCGGGGCCGGCAAAAGCCGCGCGCGUCGUCCCUGGACGCCGCCAUCUACUCGACGACGGCCGCAGCCGGGAUCCCGCUGCUCCGCGACUCCUACGCCCAGUCCGCGCUCCGCAAGCACAGCUUGCCGGCGUCCAUCUACGACGACCACGGCGCCCUGCUCGCGGCCGCCAUGACCGACCCGGGCGCCGGGUCCCUCUUUCAUCACAACGAACACGGCGACGAAGCCGGGCCUGUAGUACCUCAUCCUGGAGCAGCGUCUGUUGGCAGCAGUGGCAGACCAGUGAAACAUGUGCGAUUGUCAGUGCCCAAUGAGGGUUCAGUGUGUGGCGCUGGUGGGCGACGAAAUAGCGCCAGGUCCAGGCGCAGAAGAGCCGUGGGCACGCAGGACUACAAAUCCUGUGCCCUGGUUCAAACCCGACUCAAACUGGGCGACAUCAUGCUCGAUAAUUUAUCCGGAGACACAGAACAAGUUUUGCGGGUCGUGAAUUGCGGCGAUCUUUUCGUGCGACGUCUUUGGAAUAUUUUUGACGAUGUACUGUUUGACGACGUGUUUUCUGGAUUCCAACGAGGCCUAUAAAAUCCUGCUAGAAUCUCCAGUUCUUUGGAGAUAUCUUGCAAACUAGAUAUGACAUUAUUCCGGAAAUUUUCGUCAAUUGUUAUUUUAAUGGCUGUGGAUUCUUUGGCGUCCGUUU